AUGAAGAGUAAAAAUCACCUGGCCGCCUUCUCGGCAUCCGCCUUGCUGGCCUCUACUGCCGCCGCAGUCGAGGAUUUCUGGCUCUCGCCGGGGUCGUUCGCAAGCAAAUCACCGCCGGCCUUUUUCGACAACCGAACCGCUGAGCUCUACACGGAAGCUGCGGCCGCACCAAACGCGACGCGCUCCGUACGCUUCCAGCCGUUUGCAGACAGCGGUGGGAGUAAUCUUGAGCUUGAUCAAGACGAGUGGACGUGGCGCGUAAACGUUUCCGAGUUUAAGCUGUCCCAUCUCGCCUCGAACUUCUCGGCCUUGAAUAUCACGGACCCUAGCUUUUUCACAACCACCUACGAUCUAUCAUGGCCUCUUGGGGGCAACAUCUCAACGGCGCUGAGGGGGUCGAAUUCUCCAUUUUGCGUCACCACGUUCGACUACCUGUUCCCACCCAAUGUCACGAACAUGUACACCGAGGAAAACACCAACAGCGUUGACUGCGAGCACAUCUUGGGUGAAGAUUGCCUCACCAAGCUCUAUUUCGAGGGUAACAAUCUCGACGGAGAUCAAUGCGUCAGGCCUCCGUGGACCGAGAUCCCCGAAUGCAGUGGUACGCUCGGGGCGGCGGCGCAGUACAGGCCGGAGUCGGGCAGACAGCCCUUCACGUUCACCCUCGCGACGGCGGACAUGAAUCUCGAUUCAGACAACAACUCCUUGAGCGAAGCACAACCGGUUUUGAGCGGAGAGAGCAUCUGGACGUUCGAGAGCGGGGUGAUCAACGGGGCCGAGGCGGCUCGCGAGUUCUCGUAUGCCACAAACCGGCUCCAGGUGUUCAUGUUCAACAACUGGAUCGACAUAAGGAACGGCCGGGCGAGCAGACCAAACAUACUCUGCAUGCGGGUGAACGUAACAACGACGCCAGGCAACGCCGCGACCGCCUCUGCUUCAUGUCGCAUGACCACGGUCAUGGCCGUUGUUAUUUUAACUCUAAUCGCGUUGCUUUCUUAA